UAGGACCGCUCUGCUGGAUUAAAAUUGCGCCCGCAACCUCACAAUCUCACAGGCCCCAAUAAACCAACAAACGCCAUCGCCUCCUUUCGCUUGACUGAGACUCGCUCCAUGCACAAGGACCAUCGCUGUUGCCUUUCAUCCACCAGGAACGUGCGUCUUCUUAGCAACAAUGCCUCUAGUCUGUUUCUUUUGAUUAUCUGGAAGACCCUGCUUGUGCAUUCCUUUGCCUUUUCACCACUGCCCGUACCGUUACACCUAUUAGUAGUUCCACCGCGAUCAUCAUGCCUGCGUUUGGCCCAGCAACGUGACAGCCAUGAGGAGGAAGAAGAAGAAGAUUUGAUUCGUUAUCGAGGCCGUGUAUCGUACGAUGGAUCCUCCUAUCAAGGGUUUCAAAUCCAACUGGGCAAGAAGAGUGAUGCUGCUACCAUUCAAGCCGCGUUGGAAGAUGUACUGCAACGACGAUUUGACCGAAAUAUCCGUGUGGUGGGUUCUGGCCGAACCGAUUCCGGUGUCAGUGCGCGAGGACAAGCCUUUCAUUUUGAUUUGACCUCAAAGGAGCACGCCCAACUAGAAGAAAGAAAAGUGCCGUUGGAUCAUGUUUGGAAUCGCAUGCUGCCCGACCAGGACAUUCGAGUCUACCAUGUCGGUCCAGCACCACCUCCACGAGAAAAGACAAAGACUACCAGUACUCGCCUGUUUCCUUGGAAUGCCAUUCAUGAUUCGACUCGCAAAUUGUAUUCCUACCGUAUUUGCGUGGGACCGGUACUGCAUCCUCUGGAUCGAUUCCAACGUUGGCAAAUCCCAAACGAUGGCAAAUUCGUGGAUUUGGACAAACUACGAGACGCACUCGCAAAGUAUGAGGGAACCCAUGAUUUUCGGGCAUUUGCCGGUGCCGUGGAACAAUCGGAACGACGUGCCCAACGCAAAAUCCAUUCGGUGCGAACCAUUUACAAGUGUGAGUUGGUAGAAGAAAAUGGUGACGAAGGAUACUACCGCAUCGACAUUGUCUUGUCGGGAGCUCUCUACAAAAUGGUCCGUAACAUGGUGGGAGUUGCCGUGGAUGUGAGCCGUGGCCGCAUUGACAUGACUACCUUGCAACGACUGAUUCAGAGCCCUCAUACAGAACCUCAGUUGGUCCGAAAAGACAACAAAUCCAAACCAGCUCCAGCUGAAGGGUUGACGUUGGAAUGGGUCUAUUUUGACAAUGACCAUGAUGAGUUUUGAAUGGAAUUGGGUUUUAUGACACUGAACGAUAAUGCCCGCCAUCAAUCUGCUAGCACUCCAUACCAAUGAGCCAAUUCAUUGAAGGGCUGGGUCGAAAGCUCCCAAUUUUUUGCAGUUUGUCAAUGGUUGCCGUCGGAUGCGGAGCAGGUUGAUUACAAUUCUCUUAAGCGACCAUCUUGCCAUGGAUUGGAAAAGGGACAAGGGGCGAAACAGCAGGAGACGAGGAACACCGGUACAACGACUCAUUUCUCGCACUGUGCACCAAGGGUACAUCUAUGCUAGCACUUUCGCCGGUAGAUUAGACUUGUCUACUUUUGAUGCUUAAUGCUUUACCAGCUGGCUAGCUAGAUGCUCGCCAUCUACUAUCCAUCCAACUAUCAGCAUGCAUGAUAUAUAUACUAUGUCUUAUUAGUUAGUAUUACUUUUGAUUCAUAAAAGUCACCAGAGUAUCA